UAGGGCUCUUGCUGGGAUUUAGGGUUCUUUGGUCAAGGGGAUUUUUUGGGCGAUGGAAUCACGGGAAGUGAGCGUCUCGUCACUGCAAUUUGCUUGCAGUGAUCGCGCCGAUGAGAAUGUCGCUACUGCUGAGAGGCUCGUUAGGGAAGCGCAUUCGCGAGGAGCAAAUAUCAUCCUUAUCCAGGAGCUCUUCGAGGGAUACUACUUUUGCCAGGCGCAAAGAGAGGACUUUUUUUUAUGUUCCAAGCCGCGAGAAGGCCAUCCAACAAUCCAAAGGAUGAAGGAGCUGGCGAAAGAACUCGGAGUCGUGAUUCCUGUUAGCUUCUUCGAGGAGGCAAACAAUGCACACUAUAACUCUAUUGUUAUCAUAGAUGCCGAUGGAACGGACCUUGGGCUCUACCGAAAAUCUCACAUUCCCGACGGCCCAGGUAUGCAUGAAUCAAUGUGUUUCACAGAAUCGUUUCAUCUUUCGCCUUGUGCAGGAUAUCAAGAAAAGUUUUAUUUCAACCCCGGAGACACAGGCUUCAAGGUUUUCGAUACCAAGUUUGCUAGAAUUGGUGUGGCUAUUUGUUGGGAUCAAUGGUUUCCAGAAGCAGCGAGAGCCAUGGCUUUGAUGGGAGCCGAGGUGCUGUUUUACCCAACAGCCAUCGGUUCCGAGCCGCAAGACUCGGGCCUAGAUUCACGAGAACACUGGCAGCGAGUGAUGCAAGGACACGCUGGAGCCAAUGUGAUACCGCUUGUUACCUCGAACCGAAUCGGAGUGGAAGUUGUAGAAACCGAGCACGGAGCCAGCAAGAUAACAUUCUACGGGCAUUCCUUCAUUGCGGGACCAACCGGAGAGAUUGUGGCAGAGGCCGAUGACAAAAACGAAGCGGUUCUCGUGGCGAAGUUCGAUCUAAAUCAGAUCAAGCUCAAGCGCCAGAGCUGGGGAGUUUUCAGAGACAGGAGGCCGGAUUUGUACAAGGUGCUUUUAACGCUGGAUGGUAAAGUUUAGAACGCAUGCUCUCGAAAUAUUCAUGGAACCGAUGUUUUAAUUCAUUAGAAUUAGAGACUCCUAUGAAUAAAUGAAUUCCCAACAUAUGAAGGUCAACAUUA